AUGUCGAAAUCGGGCAACCUCACCGCCUUGUCGGCCAUCUUCAGUCCGGGAGAAACACCCACGAUCUACUAUGCAGAGGAUCCUCCGUAUCUACCUCGAAUCCUCGUCUUCUACUACCCUGUCCAAGCUGUGGGCUCUCUGGCCUCGACUUCGCGGAUUCGAACCACCAUUCUCUCCGCGGCCGGGUUCAAGAGCUAUGGUGCAUUCUCAGUCGCCCCGAACAGCAACUACUACUCUGCCGUCCACAAGCUACCAGAAGACAAACAACGAGAUGAUGUGUCCCGGGGGAUUGCCUUUGCGCUUUGUCGCUACUUCUCCGAAGUGCCAACGGAAGUCAAGAAUGCUAUUGCUGAGGAGAACCUGCAUCACGGGAUUGCUCUGAAAUGGGGGCAGACACAUGCUGCUCAGGUUACAUGCCGGAUGUGCAAAGUCAUAAACACCGAAGAGGUAGUCGAGGCUCUCCGCCCGUUUUCCAAAGAAAGACCUGCGAGUCCCCAGACACCCACCAGACCUCCGGCUUCGAUCAGGAAGACCCGACCCUCCUUCCUACCCUCCGAAACUGGCACUCAGGGUAUUAGUCGCGUCAAUCACGCCUUCACCCAGUCCAAAAGGAUACCCAGUAAUCAUGCAAAACGCUCUCCGUCCAUAUCUACACCAGCAACACGAAAGGCGAGCUCGACACUGGACCCAACGCACUCGGUGCAGCAACUGGAAUCGUUACGCUUCAAGAUGUGCGAGUUUGUGGAUACUGAAGAUAGAUACAUCACCCGUCUUCAAUCCUUGAUCGAAUUGGUCACUAAUCAGGGUCGUACUCCGAAGUCCCUGAGCUCUAAAUUCUCGAGUUCGCGCAACCAGAAGGCUGUAAAUGCCAUGCUCCAGUUUCCUUCUCUGCUAGAUCAGAUCAAGGACUUGAAUCUGGCUUUCCUCGACGAUAUCGAGACGGCUCUUCACUGUUCUGAGGAUGCCGCAUUGACCUUCCUGGAUUCUGCACAAGCGAAUCCGCAACUCCUUGCCAAUGCCAAAGAUCCUAUGGGCAUCUACAGUUUUGCCAAAGUGCUUUUAAACCACUUUCCGAAAUUUCCCAUGCCCUACCGCGAAUAUCUCGACUUGCACUCCCAAAUCUCCUCAAAUCUCGAUCAAUUCCUGAGAGAAGGCACUACAUCAAUUCAGCAGGCCCCUUCCUUGCUUAUGGAGCCAGCUCAGCGUAUCUCCAGAUAUGGCCUUUACAUCGACACUAUGCUUCCGCAUGUGCCUUCGAAUUUCACCGUUGCCAUACGAACUCUGGAGAAAGCCAGAAAGAUCAUCGCUGAGAUAUGUGAAAUGGAACCUGCGGCAUCAACUAUUUUGGACUCUCUCCGCAUCGAACAUGAAGCAAAGAAGAAGGGUGGUCUAUCCCCGACCAAAUUGCUCUCGGGCUUGACUCGAUCAACUGGAACAAUUCGGGAAGCCCCAGCGUUGACUGGCAGCAUCAGGGAGAGAGAAGGGCCUCGCCUUUUUCCCAGCCUCGGCCGCAGCCUGAGCCGCCGGCACAAAACCCCACGGCCUGGCCUAUCAGGUAUCUUGUCCGAACAAAAUCCCGAACAGGUGAACAAUGUUCAGCCUCGAACCGACGAGAACAGGCCCCUUACGUCGUCGUCAGUGCUAUCUUUUGGCUCUGUUAAAAGGCCGCCCACGUCAGGGUCCAGUGUCAGUACCACGAACCGCUCCACCGCCAGUGCUAGCCCGGGUCCCAAUGCGCCUGCUGUACUGCUGUCAAGCAAGAAACGCAUCGGUACCGCCCCUGACCCUGUCACAGGCACAGGCAACAUUAUGGGAGCAAGCGCUGGCGACGGAGUCCAGAAGCUUACUUCCUCGCGUGUUUUCGGCGCCGAAACCGUGGAGCAAUAUAAGAUGGAAUUGAUACGGGUGGAGGAAGAGAAUUAUAAGCUCCUUCAGGAAAAUGCUGAGUUGAAGCGACUAAUUAGGGAAUGUACCUGUGGUGGCACGGUACGGCAGCGAUGA